AUGGCGGCGGAGAAGGAGCCCCCCGGGGCUACUGCCCAGCCUCGGGUCAGCCAGUCGCAGCAGCAACGAGGGGGCGGCCUCCACACGCACGGGGGAGCCGCUCCCCCGGAGCUGGGGGAGGAGCGACGGGGAGGGGGUGGAACAGAACUGGGACCCCCUGCCCCGCCUCGACCCCGGAACGGCUAUCAGCCCCACCGGCCCCCUGGGGGAGGUGGGGGCAAGAGGAGAAAUAGCUGCAAUGUAGGGGGAGGUGGUGGAGGCUUCAAACAUCCGGCCUUCAAGAGGCGCAGGCGGGUUAAUUCGGACUGUGACUCUGUGUUACCUUCCAACUUCCUCCUGGGGGGCAAUAUCUUUGAUCCACUGAACCUGAAUAGUCUCCUGGAUGAGGAAGUGAGCCGCGCACUCAAUGCUGAGACCCCUAAGUCAUCCCCGCUUCCGGCCAAGGGGCGAGAUCCAGUGGAGAUUCUCAUCCCCAAAGAUAUUACUGACCCACUGAGUCUCAAUACUUGCACUGAUGAGGCCCAAGUAGUUCUUGCUUCACCACUCAAGACUGGUCGGAAGCGACAUAGACACCGGGGACAGCACCACCAGCAGCAGCAGGCAACUGGAGGGAUUGAUAGCCACUCGGUGCUGCCCACAGCUCCCCCCACUCCCUCACUCCAUGGGGAGGGCACCACACAGCAGCAACGGCAUAGGGGCCAGAACCAAAACCGUGAUGCCCCCCAGCCCUAUGAACUCAACACGGCUAUCAACUGCAGGGAUGAGGUCGUGUCUCCCCUUCCGUCUGCCCUACCGGGUCCCUCAGGCUCCCUCUCAGCCUCUUCAGCUGCCUCAAUUACCUCUGCACCCCCGUCUUCCUCCUCACGACAUCGAAAACGUCGCAGGACUUCCAGCAAGUCAGAGGCAGGGGCUAGGAGUGGAGGAAGCCAGGGUCCCAAGGAAAAGGGCCGAGGGAGUGGGGGAGGCCGCCACCACCUCCACCCACUACCUGCAGCAGGUUUCAAAAAGCAACAGCGCAAGUUCCAGUAUGGGAAUUACUGCAAGUACUAUGGGUACCGAAAUCCUUCCUGUGAGGAUGGGCGCCUUCGGGUGUUGAAGCCUGAGUGGUUUAAGGGUCGGGACGUCCUAGAUCUGGGCUGCAAUGUGGGCCAUGUGACCCUGAGCAUUGCCUGUAAGUGGGGCCCAUCCCGCAUGGUAGGCCUGGAUAUUGAUGCCCAACUCAUCCACUCGGCCCGCCAAAACAUCCGACACUACCUGUCAGAGGAGCUGCGUCUGCAACCCCAGACUGCUGAGGGGGACCCAGGGGCAGAGAGUGAGGAAGGGAUCAAAACCGUUCGAAAGAGGACCUGCUUCCCAGCCUCACUGACAGCAAGCCGGGGUCCCAUUGCUGCACCCCAAGUGCCCUUGGAUGGAGCAGACACAUCAGUCUUCCCCAACAAUGUUGUCUUCGUUACGGGUAACUAUGUGCUGGAUCGAGAUGAGCUGGUGGACGCCCAAACACCUGAGUAUGAUGUGGUGCUCUGCCUCAGCCUUACCAAGUGGGUACAUCUGAACUGGGGAGACGAGGGACUGAAGCGCAUGUUUCGACGGAUCUACCAGCACCUACGCCCUGGGGGCAUCUUGAUCCUCGAACCCCAACCUUGGUCAACCUACGCCAAGAGAAAGACUCUCACAGAAACAACCUACAAGAACUAUUAUCGAAUCCAGCUGAAGCCAGAGCAGUUCAGUUCCUACCUGACAUCCCCAGAAGUGGGCUUUUCCAACUAUGAGCUUGUGGCCACACCCCACAGCACCUUCAAAGGCUUCCAGCGUCCUGUGUACCUGUUCCACAAGGCCCGUUCCCCCAGCCACUGAAUGGCCCCUUGAACAGAAAGUGUGAAGAAACUGCCCGCUGCUCUUAAGGACCUGGGGAAAGAAAAUAUCCCGCUGUCUUUCCUUUCUUGGAUCUGCAUAGAAAGCUUUUCCUGUGUUGCUGCCCCAGCCUCCUCCCUACACCUCUGGUACCUAAGCAGCAAGCCCAGCUGUUCUGGAUUUACCGCCAUCUUCCUCUUCCCCCAGCCCACUGGCUGGAUGGCAUGGACUGUUUGCUGAUCUCUGUUCUCCUAGGGCACAGGAGGUGGGGAGUUAUCAAGUUCUCUGGGCUCUUCCUCCUGUCCUUCCAAGGAGAAAUUCCCAUUCUCCUCAGCCCUUGUCCCUGCCUACGUUUCAGUGGACCACAUGAUAGAGGGACUGAGGCUUAAGAGGGGGAAGCUUGAUGGGGAGGCAUGCAGGUACUGUGAAAAUCCCUCUGCUGUCCCCCAUGGGAGAGGGGGUUGGGUUUGGAAUGUAAGAACAGCACAAUAAACGAUGUUUAGGGCAAUGGCCCCCACACCUA